AUGGCCACCGCAAAUCCUGAGACGAUAUCAAUCCAAACCGACAUCGAGAAGGCCAAACUCGCUAGACGGCAGACCGAGUAUGCGGUUCUGAAGGAUGCGCUGAGGAGGCGGAUCCCUGUGACUCACAUUCCGUUUUUGGUGGCUGCUGCGUCGGCUCGUUCUGUUCCUGCUUGUUCUCAGGCAUAUACACGCACAUGCAGUGGACGUGUGUAUGAGGAUAAGGUGUAUCCGCAUCUACGGGGGGUUAUCGAGGUACCUACUACCCUAUCCUAUCCUAUCCUCUCCUAUCACUCUAUCUACAAAGAUGAAUGA